GACGACGCGGGAGACGGGGACGGGGCCGACGUGCAGGUUAAGGAGCACCUCAGCGAGAGGAGCAUCUCGUCGCAACUUUUGAGGAUCUCGGCUCUGGCGGUCGCCCUCAAAGCCCUCCAUUACUUUGUGGACCUUUAGUGACUUCAGCAUGGAGAAAAGUGGUUGCAGUCUUCAUGACACAGCAGAAUUCCUCUCAGUCACUGCUGAAUUGGAGUUAGCCCAAUGCAUGUUAAAAGGAAGAAUCCCAGAAUAUGAUCCUCAUGUUAUUUCCCUUGAAGUAUCACGACAGUUAGAGGAUUUAGUAGUUGCUGAUGCCCAUUCUUGUUCCUGCUGCUCUGUGAAAUUUCCAAAUGCAACAGCUCAGCGUGCUCAUUUUAAACUCGAUUGGCAUCGCUAUAAUAUUAAAAGGCAGUUGGCUGGUCUUUCACCUGUUCGUGAGGAAGCUUUCACAGUUAUAGCCGACAAAGGAGACGAUAUUGAGAGUAUAUCAGGAUCUGAGUCUGAAUCAGAAGAAGAAGGAGAGAAGGGAGAUAUUGUAGAUUCAAAUCACCGUGCCAAAGUAUUUUUCAGAAAUAAACACGGGCAAGUUAUAUCCCUAUACCGCUGCCUACUGUUUCCUGCCAAGGAAUGUACUGAAACCACUCCAGUUAGUGAGUUUGUCACAAGAGCUCUCUGUCUGGCUGUUCCAAACCAAUGGGCUAUAUUUAUGCUUGGGGGUGGGCACUUUGCUGCAGGUAUUUUUCAAGGUCAAGAACCACUUGUUCACAAAACUUUCCACUGUUACACUGUCCGUGCAAAACAAGGAGGGUCACAAAGCACUCGGGACAACAAAGGUGGCAAUCAUCCUAAGAGUGCUGGAGCUAGUCUCCGAAGAUACAACGAGCAGGCUUUAAUUCAGCACGUCCAAGACCUCAUUUCAGCAUGGGCAGACCACCUGAAGUCCUGCACUUUAAUAUUUGUUAGAGCUGUCGGCCCUGGUAACAGAUCUGUUCUGUAUGGUGGGAAAUCUCCUCCACUUGACAAAACAGACUCAAGGAUCCGCACUAUCCCGUUCCCGACUAGACGAGCUACUUUUAGUGAAGUAAAAAGAGUUCUUGGAAUGUUGUCUUUUGUAGAAGACCAUGGUCCUGAAUCUGAAUUUCUGUUAAGUGAUCCUGCAUCAUUAAAUGAUGCACGGAAAUUAGUGACAGAAAAGAACUGCCAAGAGGGAGCAAAACCUACUCAGACUGAAAACGAAGGAUCACCAAGACGCAGCAAAAAUAAGGGUGGUGUUAAGCCUAACAGGGCAAAGUCAAGACCGUCUCCACAGAGAUCCUUGCCUGCCUCUGUGUCGUAUGCUUCAUCUGAGAGUGAGGCCCCAUGCACCAGUGAUAUUGAAAUUAUAUAUCAAGAUCAAGAAAUCAAGUUUUCUGACACCAUAAAAGAUGUAGACCAACAAAUCAAAAAUGAAGUCAGCAAAAAGAAAAAAAAAGACAAGUCCAAAGAUCAGAAAACUUCGACAGAUCCCAUUGUACCUCAAAUCAAAAAAUCCAAAGAGGAAAUACUGAAGGAAGAGAAGUUGAGAGCCCAGGAGGCCGAAAGAAAGCAGAGGCUGUUGGAGAAGAGGGAAAGGAAACAAGCUGCCAUUGAAUUACGUAAACAGGAACAAGAAGCAGCGGAGGCAGCAAAUCCUGUAUUGGUGUUUCAGAAGGAACUUGUGUCUGCUUUGGAAUCAAACGACGUACAAAGACUCAAAAAUUGUCUGUCAUCUGACUUCCUUCAAACUCUGCCUUCCCCAUUACCUGGAGGUCUUCAAGAAACCCUUAACCUGCCUUUUACCCAAGGAAAUACUGCUCUGCACCUCGCUUCUAAAACAGGAACACCCUUACUGGUCAGUGAAUUAAUGACUGUUGGGGCAGAUCCUACUGCAUUGAACAAGAAACAGCAGACACCUUAUUCUGUUGCAGUAAAUGCAGAUACGAGGAAAGCUUUCCAGGACUUUUUGGUUAAUAACCCAGAUAAAUUUGAUUAUUCCAAGUCCAAGAUCCCUGUACCACUUAGUGAAGAGGAGGAAAAGGCACAAGCCAAACUAAAGGCUGAAUUAAAAGCUGCAAAAAAUAAAGCUAAGAAAGAGCAUGAAAAGGUACAACGAAAAAAGAAAGCAGAAGAAAAAGCAGAGCAAGAAGAAAGAGCACGUUUUAUGGCAAUGACUGACAGGGAAAAGAGAGCUUUGGCUGCUGAAAGAAGAAUCCUAGCGGCUCAGAAGAAAGGAACUACAGAUGAUAGUAAAACCAAGCCUAUUGUUUUAGCACGCUGUUUCCUUUGUGCAAUUGAUAUAUCAGGUCAAGUGUCUUUUGACUAUGAUCAGUACAGAUUUUGUACUAUAGAAUGUCUUCGAGCUCAUAGGAAGCAAACUAAUCCAGAUGGUAAAAUUAACAGGUUAUAAUACUCAUGUGCAACUAAUGAAAGGAAAAUCUGGUUCAUGAAUAAAAAUCAAAUACUAAAAUGUU